AGGCAGCGCCCUCUACUUGACAGCGGCUGCGGACCCGCCCGGGCAGCCUCGGACCCGGCAGCGGUUGGAUCGGCGGCGGACCGUCUCUAGGGGCUAAGAUGGAUCUUGUUCUCAGUGCUGCAGAUUAUUAUUUUUUCACACCAUACGUAUAUCCAGCCACGUGGCCAGAGGAGGACAUCUUCCGACAAACUAUCAGUCUCCUGCUUGUGACAAAUGUUGGUGCCUUCAUCCUUUAUUUCGUCUUUGCGACACUGAGCUAUUAUUUUAUCUUUGAUCAUUCGUUAAUGAAACAUCCACAGUUUUUAAAGAAUCAAGUCUAUCGAGAGAUUAUGUUUACUCUCCAGUCAUUGCCAUGGAUAAGUAUUCCCACUAUUUCAUUAUUCCUGCUAGAGCUGAAAGGGUACAGCAAAUUAUAUGAUGACAUAGGAGAGUUUCCAAAUGGCUGGUUUCACCUCAUUGUUAGUGUACUGUCCUUCCUCUUUUUCACUGACAUGCUGAUCUACUGGAUUCACAGAGGCCUUCAUCAUAGACUUGUUUAUAAGCGCAUACACAAACCUCAUCAUGUCUGGAAGAUUCCUACUCCAUUUGCAAGUCAUGCUUUUCACCCUGUGGAUGGCUUCCUUCAGAGUCUACCUUACCAUAUAUACCCUUUCGUCUUUCCUUUACACAAGGUGGUUUAUUUAGGCCUGUACGUCUUGGUCAAUAUCUGGACAAUUUCCAUUCAUGAUGGUGAUUUUCGUGUCCCCCAAUUCUUAAGGCCAUUUAUUAAUGGCUCAGCUCAUCAUACAGACCACCACAUGUAUUUUGACUAUAACUAUGGACAGUAUUUCACAUUGUGGGAUAGAAUUGGAGGCUCAUUCAAAAAUCCUUCCUCCUUUGAAGGGAAGGGACCACUUAGUUAUGUGAAGAAGAUGACAGAAGAAAAGUGCAAUGGGCAUGCAGGAAAUGGUCGUAAAAAUGAAAAAUUAUCCAAUGGAGAGUUUACAAAGACUGAGUAGAUUAUUGCCCAAUUGUUAAAUAUUUUUAAUAAGGAAAAAUAAUCUAUAUACAACUGAGAGACAUAGCGAGUAAAUGGUAUCAUUUGAAAAUCAGCAUUGUGGGUCCUGCUGAGGAAUGAUCAUAAUGGUAGAUCCAGGGAAGAUGCUGUGAACGCCAGGGUUUUAACCUCAUGCUUAAAAUACUAGGUGUUAGUCUAAGGGACAACUUGUGUCUUUCUAGCCAGCAAAUCUGUAAUUUGUAUAGCCUCAACAACAAUUUUUAGAAAGAAAGAGAAUACAUUAUUGAGGGGACUAGGUUAUGUCCUUUUGCCUUAAUCCACCAUAUUCAUUAAGAAAAAUUCGUUGUGCUUAAUGAUACCAAGACUAAGCACCAUAACAAAGAAAUACUAAUAUAAAGAUGGUUCCUUGUUUCAGGAAUGGUUAAGUCUUCAGUGUUAGUGUGAUUUGUUCAAGUGGAAACAUCAGUGUGAGAAAAAAUUCUGAUGUAUUAGUGGCUAAGUGACCUAAUUAAUAGCAGAUAUAAUAAGAUUAUCAUCUUCCUAUGCAUAGGAAGCUUUUUCUCUGGGGACAUUGUUACAUUUUACUGAUGUUACAUUUUACUGAUGAAUACAUAAAUUGAAAUUUAAAAAAAUAAUUGACAUUCAUUUAUCUGGGAUUAUUCAAGUAAAGAUUUUGAUGGUUAUUAUUUAAAAUGAUUAUUUAAUAAGUAAAAAUAUGUGAAUCUGAAUAUAGUUAGAAAGCAAAUUUGAUGUCCAAAUAAUAUAUUUGACGCUACUGAUUUUUUAAUUAAAUUGAUGCACUGCACUUUUGAUAUGUUUCAAAGUUACAAACCUAUAAUUUCCUAUAAAAGGAAAUAAUUGCCAAAUAUUUAGGUCUGUCACUGAAGAUUAGUUUUGAGAUCUUAUUCUCCCUCUUCUCCCCUCACUUUUCCCUGCUUCCUCUGCAAAAAGAUUUAACAAAUACUUUCAUAAAGAAAUGUUGUAUGUUGUAACAUAAAUAUAUCGGAAAAACAUGAUUUGCGAAGGCAUUCUAUAAGCUAUUUAUAUAAAAUCAAUAAAAGUUGAUUAUGACUAUUAUUAAA